AUUCCUGCAUCCGCAGUCAAUCGACCUGCUUCACAGAUGCUCGCCGGUGCACCUGGAAUGGCAAGUGAUUAUAUGCAGCAGCGAACAGCACCUCAACCAACGUCUGUUUAUGAUGUUGAACGGCCAGUUUCGGCACCAGGAACUGAAGAUGGAAUUCUGAAACCACAGAAAGAUAUCGUCUAUUUUGAUGCACUCUCACUGCUUUCGGUCUUUCAGGUGCUAUGUGCAAUUGUGAUCUUUACGUGCGGAAUGCUUCGACUAAUCUGGCACGCCAAAUGGGCUAUCGGUGUCGAGUUGGCGUUCGCUGUAUACGUUUUUAUUUGUGGUAUUAUGGGAAUAUAUGCAAACACAAAGAGAUCUCAUUGUGCCGCAGUUGGUACGUAUGUGAUGUCGGCGUUCGCUACUUUCGCUGCGCUUAUUCCACUAAUCCUUGGUCUUUUCCCAACCAUACCUCUAACAUUUCCAUCAGCUGAUUCGGAUUCGUUCGUUAACGAGGAUGAGUCACGAUUGGUUGAUUACUUGCUCAGUUUUGCGUGUUUUGUUGAGUUGGUUGUGGCGCUGAUAACCUCAAUUUACGGUUGUCAAUCGAUCGGCACAACAAUGACGCAUGUCGAGAAGUUGCGACUGAAUGCUGAUCUGAACGCAGCCUUCGAGUCGUCAUCUACGUCGCUACCGAAAAGUUCCCAGCAUUCGAACAGAAAUGCUGCUGCUCUUCAUCUCGAGAAGAAAGCGUCCUUGCAAUUUUAA